GGGGGCGUGGAGGCAACCGGGAUCAGCCAGGGGCCAGCAUGAGCCGGAGGGAGGGAAGUCUGGAGGACCCCCAGGCUGACUCCUCAAUCUCACCCCUUCCCCACUUGGAGGCCAAGAUCCAACAGACACACAGCCUUGCCCGCCUCCUCACCAAAUAUGCUGAGCAGCUCCUCCAGGAAUAUGUGCAGCACCAGGGAGACCCCUUCGGGCUGCCCGGCUUCUCGCCCCCGCGGCUGCCGGUGGCUGAUCUGAGCCCCCCGGCCCCGGGCCACGCGGGCCUGCCUGUGCCCGAGCGCCUGCGGCUGGACGCGGCGGCGCUGGCCGCGCUGCCGCCGCUGCUGGACGUCGUGCGCCGCCUCCAGGCCGAGCUGAACCCGCGCGCGCUGCGCCUGCUGCGGCGCCUGGAGGACGCGGCGCGCCAGGCCCGGGCCCUGGGCGCCGCCGUGGAGGCCGUGCUGGCGGCGCUGGGCGCCGAGACCCGCGCGCCCCGGCCCGAGCCCGCCGCCGCCGCCGCCAUCGCCGCCGCCACUGCCACCGCGGGCGUCUUCCCGGCCAAGGUGCUGGGGCUCCGCGUGUGCGGCCUCUACCGCGAGUGGGUGAGCCGCACCGAGGCCGACCUGGGCCAGCUGGCGCCCGGGGGCCCGGCCUGAGCGCGGGGCGCGCGCCGCAGCUCGCAGUCCCCUCCUGGGCCGUCUCUGUCUCUCCAUCUCCAUCCCUCUCCAUCUCCGUCAGGGUCUCUGUGUUCUGCGACUGUCUCCAUCUCUCAUUGCUUUGUACGCUCUCGAUCUCUUUUUCUCUCUGGGUCCUCCUUAUCUCGUGUGUGACUUCCCAUGUCUGUCAUUUCCUUGCUUUCCCCUCUUUUUCUCUAUCUCUUGGGCCUGCCUCACUGGGGAUCUUUUGUCUCCCCUUCUCCCCAUCUCUUGCCCCCUCCUGGCCCCUUGUGAGCAUGUGUACCGUCUCCGCCUCAUCUCAAGGAGGGAACACCUGGCACUGUGUUUCCCUCUGUCCUUCUCUCUGUCCUUUCCUGGCCAGGGACAUGCCUGCUGACCUCUGCGGUGGGUGGGCUACUCCAGACUAAUUUCAGCCACCUUCCCCCGGGGUCACUCCACCUGCUACUCUCCUCCUCCCCCAUCCCGCCCCUUUGCCGCCCUGCCCCCCUCUCCCUUUGAUGUCCUUCCCCUCCCUCUGCCCUAUCCCUGUACCUUCCCUUCCCCCUAAGUCAGGUCCACGGAGAGAAAAAAAUAUCACCCCUUAAAAAGAGUUUUAUUUACGAGAAUAAAUUAAUUUUUUGUAAAUAAAAUGUUUAAAAAUAAAAAGAACACUAAAGUUACCAGCAUAUAUAAUUGUUGAAAAUGGGGAGACACCUUUAAGAGAAUAAGAUCCUUGGGUUACAGCCUGGUGCCCCCAGACAUUCCCAAAAGCCACAGUAUAAAUAGGAGAUUCAUGAGAGAGCCCCAGGCCAGGGAUGCCAUCUGUCAGCCCAAAACAGGAAGUGGAUAUGUUGCAAGCAGGAAACAGAUGUGGUACAAGUCCUUAGUUUUUCAAGAAUCGGGGAUGUUCAUUGAAUAGGAAGUAAAGCCCAUUAAGAUGGGAAGUUGUAACAGUGGCCAUAGUCAGAGAGGUAGACUAGGGGAGGAAAUGAACUCCAGCGAGAAGGGAGGCCUAGUUGCUCAGAAAGUCCAUAUCUUCAUACAGGAAGUGAGGUAGAGACAAGAAGGCAGCUCCUGGACCUCCCUGAAAUUACAGGAAGAGGAAGGUCUCAGGGAGAGCCCAGGAAGGAGACUAACUGUACUCCCCCUGUAGAGUGGGAAGUGAAGCCUCUUCAAAGAGGCGCUUCUUUCCACCCAGGAAAUAGGCAACCAGUACCGCUGGACUGGUAAUCCAUGAGAUGAUACCCGUAAAGUCCUGCCCAGAUCUGGAAGGGAGGCCAUAGGACCUAAGCAGGAAGGCCCAGGCUAUAGGGACUGAGGCCCGGUUCCCAGGAAAUUUUCCCAGAUACAUGGUGCACAAACCCUGUCUACUAGACAAGAUGUGUCUGCUUUCUAGCCGAGAAGCAAGGCAGAAAAGAGUCCACUGUCAUAGGGGAAGUGUCGCAGCCUCUGACAGGAAGUCCCACCUCCUCUAUCCCGGGUAUUUGGCUUUGAGCAGAGCCAAGUCCCUCACAGCUCGGUCUGUCCAAUGGCCAUAUUCCCGGGUUACUACAUAGCCUCUGCAUUUCCUCUCGAAGGCCGAGGCCCCAAAGGGGACAAGCCCAAGAGUGUCCUCUUCUGGGGGGAUGGGCAGGCCCAGGGCGGUCAUGAUGGCAGCCAUGUUGCCCAGCAGGCCUUGGGCCCUGAGUCUUGCAGCCCCGAGCUGAGCCAGCAGGAUGGGACUGCCAGGGUUCAGGUCACUCUGGUCAUCUCCUACGAGCUGGAGGUGCUGGGUCAAGGCCAGGAAGGCACCCUGGGCACGGCUCAGACGCUCCCCGUCAUCCAGGGCAUGCCAGGUCUUGAAGGAGACAGCGGCAGGCGGCAGGCUGCUGAGCUGGAGCUCUGGGGCUGAGAAGCCGGGAUCACUAAAGGGGCUGCCUUGGCACUGGAGCUGCAGCAUGAGGGACAGAGACAGCAGUGAGGUCACCAAAAGGCUGCCCUGGGCCUCCCCUGACUUCACAUCUGCCUUCCACAAGACUGGCCUCUUCCCAGGGGGAGUCGCCAUUCCUUGCCUCUCAGGGAGUUGGCGGAAUGUUCUAGCACAGAGCCUGGGCUCUGUUAGGUUCCAACUUGGCCUCCUCCACGUACAAUCCCAGCUUCAGUAAUUCCCAUGUGGCACUAUUAUGGUGAAGAUAAGUAGUAUAUUGGGUUUGGUUAAUGAAUACGUUGUUCAAUACAGCUCUUGGUGAAAAUAAAAACUGUGUCUUUUAUUUUUACUUAAAACCGAAUGAACUUUUUGGCCAACCCAAUAUAUAAAGCACUUAGCACAGCACCUGGCAUACAAUAAGGUGAUUAAUAUCAUUCACGAACUAUAUAUUUAUAUUAGUAUCAUGAACACUAUGAUUAUGUUCUUAAAUAUUUGCCAAUGUAAAUAUAUUAUUGACCAUGUAUAGUAGUUACAGCCCUAUUUCCUUUUUAUUC